CGUGCAGCGGACUGGUGGACGCGAGGACGAAGAGGAAGAAGAAGAAGAAGAAGAAGAAGACGAGGAGGAGGAUGAUGAGGAUGAGGAUGAGGACGCCAGACGCGGAGUGAGCGCAGGCAGGACGACAAGAUGUGAUUGGAAUGUUCUCCAUCACUUUGGACUUGGCUGUGACAAAGUUGCAUUUCUUCCUCCGAAAGUCGAAGAUGACUUGUUGGCUCCUGCGCCUGACUCUGCUGUUGCUGUGCGUGCUGUGCGUGCUCAGCGGCCGCGUCACUCCGACACCCGGCGGCUCCACCGAGGCCGCGGGGCGCCCAGCAUCCAGCCGGGAGAACUGCGCGUCCUGCGGCGUCAGUCCCCCGCAGGACGCGCAGUCCGGGCGGCUGGACGCGGACUUCGUGGAGGCGGUGAAGAGGCACAUCCUCAGCAGGCUGCAGAUGCGGCGGCGGCCCAACAUCACGCACCCGCUGCCCAAGGCUGCCAUGGUGACGGCGCUGCGGAAGCUGCACGCCGGGAAGCUGCGGGAGGACGGCGGGGUGGACAUCCCCGACUUGGACGGACACCCCAUGGCCAACGAUGUCCUGGAGGAGAGCUCCGAGAUCAUCAGCUUCGCAGAAAAAGAUGAUCUGGUGACCUCCAAGUCCAGUUUGUUCUUUCUGAUCUCCAGCGAGGGGAACCAGAACCUCCACGUGACGCAGGCGACCCUCUGGCUCUACUUUAAGCUGCAAGCUCAGCCUCUGGAGGUGCGGUCCAGGCGCAAGGUGGCAGUGAAAGUGUACUACCAGGAACCGGGCCUUAGCAGCAAGUGGAACCUGGUGGAGAAGCAGGUGGAGCUGAAGCGGAGCGGGUGGCACACCUUCAUGUUGACUGAAGCUGUGCGGUUAGUGUUUGAGCAGGGCGACCGCCGUCAAAACCUGGACGUGCGCUGCGAGGGCUGUGAGGCCGGCGCCGUCACGCCCGUACUCCUGAACCGCAAUGACGAGUCGCACCGGCCCUUCCUGGUGGUUCAGGCCCGGCAGGUGGACGCCAAGCACCGCAUUCGGAAGAGAGGACUGGAAUGCGACGGCAGCAGCAGCCUGUGCUGCCGCCAGCAGUUCUACAUCGACUUUCGACUCAUAGGCUGGAACGACUGGAUCAUUGCACCCUCGGGUUACUUUGGGAACUACUGCGAAGGGAACUGCCCCGCCUACAUGGCAGGUGUGCCCAGCUCGGCGUCGUCCUUUCACACGGCCGUGGUGAACCAGUACCGCAUGCGCGGGAUGAGCCCCGGCUCUAUGAACUCCUGCUGCAUCCCGACCAGACUAAGCACCAUGUCCAUGCUCUAUUUUGAUGACGAGUACAACAUCGUCAAGCGGGACGUCCCCAACAUGAUUGUAGAGGAGUGCGGCUGUGCUUGACCUUCUCAGGCGGUCGUGGAGCUGACGGAGUGACCGUGUGGACGACCAACCGUGUGGACGACCAACCGUGUGGACGACCAACCCUGUGGACGACCAACCGUGUGGACGACCAACCGUGUGGACGACCAACCGUGUGGACGACCAACCGUGUGGACGACCAACCGUGUGGACGACCAACCGUGUGGACGACCAACCGUGUGGACGACCAACCGUGUGGACGACAAGUACGCCAUCCUGGCCACAUUCCCACCAUGCAAUCGCAUAUAAGCCUGUACAUAUAUUUAUGUUUGUGGAUGGACUUGCGUGGUUUUGUGCUGGGAGCGGAGCUUCGUCCUUGGUCGAGAGGCCGGCAGCCAAUCUCGCGGUAGAAUCACAGACUCCGACGACAAUGUCGCAACUGAACAGCACUUGCAGAUUGAAAUGCCUUCCGUGAGCACUAGGUGGCGCCUCAGCGAUCAAAGACAUAAGUGCCGCAUGAGCUAUGCAAAAUAAAGUACGAGGCACACAGCAGACAAGCGAGCAACUAUCAGCAAUACUUGAAAUGCAUGCUUCGUGAGUAGUGGGAGGGGCUCUCCUUCGUGAGUAGUGGGAGGGGCUCUCCUUGCCAUCUUCUUCUUCCUCUUGCCACCUCUGCUCAGCCCCGCCCCCACCUGCCACUUUCGCCUCAGGGGGCGGGCCGGGGAUAUUUGCACUGAAGAGCGGCAAGGCCUCCAACGCGGGGAAACUCAUUUGAAAGUUAUUUUUGAUAGAACUGCGUUCAAGAACCAAAGAGGUUAAGCAGUGUUGUCCUUCAUCAUCAUCAUCUUCAUCAUCUUCAUCUCUGCCUAGAAGAUGUCUUAUUUUCUAAAACACGUUUUUCUAGUUUGCUUCUUUUUUUUAUCAGCUUCAUUUAGAAUGAAGCCUGUGUGAUGUGUGUACAGUCACAUUUCUAUGUUUUCUUCAUGGUAACUAUUGCAAAAUAAAUUUCUUACUACGAAAUCA